AUGGGCGCAAAAGUGAAAGUUGCAGUUGUUCAAGCGGAACCAGUUUGGUUCAAUUUGCAAGAAACCGUGAAGCGGGUUAACGAAUUGAUUGAACUGGCAUACAAUAAGGGAGCUGAAUUGAUCGCAUUCCCUGAGGUGUUUGUACCAGGCUAUCCGACGUGGAUCUGGACCAAUGCUGCUGAUUUGGAUAGAAAUCUUAUGUACACCAAGAACUCGUUGACAUAUGAUUCACCAGAAUUCAUCUCAAUUAUUGAAACGGUCAAAAAGUACCCUAUUCAUGUUGUUUUGGGCUUCUCAGAGAAAGACCAGGGGUCACUUUACAUUUCCCAGUGUAUCAUCGAUAACACGGGAGAGAUUGUGUUGAAAAGGAGAAAAUUCAAGCCAACUCACGUCGAGCGUGUUAUUUGGGGUGAUACUGCUGACAGCAAUAUGAAGUCAGUUGUGACCUUGAAUUUCAAAGAAGCUGGGCCAGUAGAAGUUGGUUGCUUGUCGUGCUGGGAGCACAUGCAGCCCUUGUUAUAUUACAACAGCGCUGCGCAGCACGAAAAAAUCCACAUUGGGAGUUGGCCGGCUCUCAAUGACAAAGACCUUGGGGUCUAUUGUUUUACCAAAGCUGGCUUCCACGGUUUGGCUAGAGCCUAUGCAAACCAGGUACAAUCCUUCUAUUUGUUCACAUCGAUAUUAGGCCAGAGGAUUCAAGAGGCAUUGCCCGACGUUAAACUCAGUCCUUACUUCGAAAAGGGAGCCGGAUGUGGAGCAGUUUUCGCGCCAGAUGGUUCUCAAAUCACAGAGGACCACCCUGAUGAUUUUGACGGAGUCAUCAUCAGCGAGCUUGACAUGGAUAAGAUUCUUCUCCAGAAGAACUUGGUAGACAUUGUGGGGCACUACGCGAGACCAGACAUGGUAUCGUUGUCGCACAAUCGUCCUAACACGGAGUUUGUCAAUAGAAAGUAG